CAUAUUGGCUUGAAAGAUAUCAUAAAUUCAUGACUGUUGAAUCCAACCCAUUGCAUUCUUUGCCUGUUUUUGCAUAGCUACGUUUUUUAUAUAUAAGACCAAGACCACUUCAUGAAAUACGUCAGUUUGCAUGAAAUGCUGCAUUGAUAAAGUUAAAAAUUUCGUUCUGAAAUGCACCUUGAAGAUUUUAAAAAGUAAAUAAAUUAUUAGAUUACACUAUCUUCGCCAUGCAGGGUCUUGUUUCAGCACUGCUUUUGGGAUAUUUGGCAUUGGUGGCUACAAAUUCGAACGAAACAGGGAGCAAACCAAAUACAACGGUAACGGCCGAUUCUCUAAAAGCUUCCUUAAGUGACGUUUUUCCGUCUGAAAAUGUGCCUCAAACUCCAGCAGAAAUAAUUAGCAGUCAAUUUAUGCCUAGUACAAGUGAGUCACAAAUUCGUCCGCCUACAAUCUCUGACAAUGCAAAGUCUACGAGUAAUAUUGUCAACGAAAAAGUUUUAACCGAGGGAGUUAAAGUUUACGCUUACCAAGUCCCACUGAAUCAAAAUGGGGAAACUGCUGAAGAAGUAGGUACAGAGAUUCAGCAAAGUCCUAGUCAAGAAAAUAAACCAGCACCAUCAUCAUCUUAUCAAAAUGUAGACCUUGGAGAUAAUACACAGGAAGAUUUUUUCCAGUACAGCAGCGGGGUCAACGAAACACCCACUAAAAAACCCACUAAAACUCUCAAGGAUAAGUGGGUCAAGAAAAACAAGGACAUAAAGCAAAGCUCAGCAGCACAACAAGAAACGUCCGCAUCCUCAUAUGGAAAUCAUACUUCUCAAAUUCAGGGGGCAGGAUCUGGUUACCUUCUCACACACGCUCAUGAUGAACAAAACGAAAAUCACGUGUUAUUGCCCCACUUUGAACAUGAUCAACAAAGUCAUUAUAUUCUUAACCCAAAUCAACACCAACAAACUGGAAUUAAUCACCAGCAAGAGGUUCAAUAUUCACUACCUGAAGUACAACCCCAACAUCAUAUAAUAUACGAUGGUCAAGAUGAUCACCACGGAACAGGUGAACCACAAGUUUUUUUGCAACACCCUCACAUUCAUGCAGUUCAUGAAGGCCAUGUUCAUGCUCAUCAUAAACUACCCAAACCUUUGAAACCAUCAAUUGUACAUCGUGAUCCAUAUGAUUUCUACAAUCAUCACGACAAAAUUCGAACCCAAGACAAAGACCAUCAUCAUGAGCAAAAGCACCAUCAUAAAAUUCAGGAUCAUGGUUACAAUCAUGAACAUCAUAAUCUCAAUUCGUAUUCUGGAGCUCAGAAGUAUGUCGAAGGGUUUCAACCGUACGAUUAUGACAUGAAGAAAGUCCCCGAAUGUGCUUCGAAGAACAAACACUUUUACAACAUCACAUUCUGUUUGGAGGAUCAUUUAUACCCAUUAGAAACUAUUUUGUGGGCUCUUCGCCAAUACGGUGACUUUGCGCACAAGAUAAUAUCAGAUGUCACUUAUCAAUCUGCCGACAAUCUGGUGACCGGAUUGACAAGGGCGGAAGAAGAAGGCUACACGUAUAAACAUUACUUUGGCCAAAGCCACGCCCAACAUACGAAUCUUGAACAAUAUAAACCACCAUAUCAUGGUUACACGUACAAAACGGAUUACUUUAAGAAAGGAGGAUAUAUUUGUCCUUCAGACAUUUAUUACGGACGACCAAAACGAGCCAUGAACACGUAUGGCCAAUGGAAAGUAAUUGUCAACGUUGAUCAUGUUCCAAAAUUACACUAUGGGCAUGGUCAUGGAAUUCACAAAAAACGGAGUGCGUACUUUCCUACCCACAAGGAUUAUGAAAUUCCUCAAAAGAGUUACACACAAACUUUGAGAAUGGAGCAAUGCAUAUAUCCAAAUGCACCCUGUUCUUAUAUCGACCCUCACUUUCACUCCAAAUGUAUCCAAAAACAUAACUUUAUAAGACUCGUAGCUUGGACUGAACACGAAGGACUUCAUGUAGAUACUUUUAAAAUGCCAAUCGCAUGUUCUUGCCACAUACCUCAGCCAAUCCACUUUUUUCAACAGAGUGGACGUCAUGAUGAGACACUUGGAAGUGUAGUUCCUCCAGUAAAUAACUAUCUAAAGUGAAAAAUGAUAAUUUACUGCAUGAGAUACAAUUAAUUUUUAUGAGAUAAACGUUUUAUUCAAACACAAAAUUAAGAAAAAUCAAGCACAUUAUGAAACUAUCAAUAUUAAGGCAUUCAAGAAUUGUUCAUGAAGGCACUAAAGAGAGACAUAAAACCUCCUCCAUUGGUGCUUCGCUCAUCAGUUAUAUUAAAAAGAGACUUGCCAGCAGCCCCAA